GGUUAAAAUUAUAUGUUCAUGGCUGAGGGUCCAAGCUAGCUAGUAACACUAAACCGAAUAUAAAAAACGACAAAUAUAAUUUCUGGAUGGUGAACAGAAAAUAACGAUUACAACGAUUAACCCAACACCACAAACCAAACACUUUAACAUCAACAAUUUAUUUACGUACAUUCCAAAUAAAAAUCCGUGCUAAUGCACCAACAACGAAACUCACAAUCGAAUCAAUAGAAAGCGGGCAAGAGCCAGCAACCAGGGCACAGCGAUCUAGCAGAAUUUUCCGGCGGACGAAAAAGUAGUACGAGCAGUUGGCGCUUUUCACACGCACUAGCUAGGUCGGAGAAGACGCAAUCGAACAGUUAACAAAAGCCCAAUUCCAAUCACAAACAUGCUGUCACGCCUGCAGGACUUCUUGUCACGCCACCGCCGGAAGUUUAUCGUGACCGGAGUGCUGGUGGGUGGCGCCUACUGUGCGGCACGGUACGCCCAACGGAAGCUUGUGGAGAUUCACGAGAAACAGGCGCGUGAGAUGUUCGAGCGGACGCGGCGCACGCAUCACUUCGAGUCGACGGAAAAGACUUGCAACCAAGUGAUCCUGGGCCUGGGCGAGGAGAUGUGUGACGCUGUGUUGAGGGAGUGCAGCACGGACGAGCUGCUCGAGCAACUGCGUCAGAAUCCAAAAAACAAAGUAGAACUGUGGGAAGAGAUGAAGGUCGUGGCGUUCACCCGCCUAGCCACGUUCGUCUACGCCUCGUCUAUGUUGGUGAUUGCCCUCAGAGUGCAACUGAAUCUCUUAGGUGGAUACAUUUACCGCGACAUCACGACGGAGCAGACACGAAUCACUGACGAGCUUAAGCAGCAGUAUCUCUCACUGAUCCGUCACUUCAUCACAGAGGACGGUAUCAGAGAUCUCGUUCGGUAUAUUCGGACUCAGGUAAUCGCAGUGGUAAAGUCGUCGAUGCCCCUCUCACGUCAGCUCUCCCUCAACGACCUGGAGCAGCUGUUUUGGUCUCUGCAAAUGGCCAUAAAUGCGGACACUCGCCGAGAUCCAAACUCCAAGAUGACGAAGUACCUGCUGCCCUCUCAAAGUUCCAGCUUCUCGCCGUUGCUCCAGCAGAUGUACAAUGAGACGCUGGAUCUCCUGGAGAGUGAGGAUGCCAUUAGCGUGUGUACGCAUAAUGUAACCCGAGGCUUUGUGCUGGCCUGCGAUGUCAUUGCCGAGUCCCUUGGCGAGACUCUGCACCAUCUGCCCACCGCAGAAGUGCAGAAGCAAGCGGAGACGCAGCAGUCCCAGCAGUUCAAUCAGAGCUCCAGCAGUACCUCCCUUCCCAGCAGCCAAGCGGUCGAUAAUAACAACUUGCUGAACAUCAACACGGUUUUGAUGGCCAUGGCCAAGCUGAUACCAAUCAUCAGUGGGAUUACUUCGGGGGGCUAUGACAGUUCGGCGCGGUCUACCAACUUACCCACGCAGCUGCUUUCAUUUUACUUGGUGGCGGAGAAGUCCAAGACGUUGGGGGCUAAUGUCUACGAGACCUUCAGUUCUGCCUAAGCUACGACAUUCACACAUAGACAAAAACCCAUAUGUAUGGAUCUGUUCUGAGCAUGGCCAUAAGACAAUUGUAACCCUAUGUACAUAAGAGUAUAGUAAGGUUACCUAUAUUCAUGCAUACAUAUAUGUAUGUACGAGUAUACCUGUUUAAUUUUAACAUGAGCAUUAACAUACUUUCAGAAGCCUGUUUGUAAGAGUAUGCUAUCGUCCCAAAUUCCGUAUUUAGUCUAACUCUUAAGAAUAUUUAAUCAGAACCUUGUGUGUAAGGUAGCGAUAAGAAGUUCCCGAAUUGUGGAAUCCUUUGAUAAAGUUGACGUGGAGACGGGGACCCACAAAGCGAGCAACUGAAAGGCCUUUUAAAAUAAACGGAAAUUGUAAUAAUGUAUACAACAAUAAAAGGGGAAAGUGA